AUGCCGUUGCUCGCAAGCCAGGGCUGCUACAUCGUUGCUCCCGAUCAACGUGGUUAUGGCCGUACAACAGGCUGGGAUAACCGAGAUUUCGCAAAUGUUGACUUGAACGAAUUUUCAAUGACAAACCUGGUCCGCGAUGUUAUUGUCCUUGUUCACGCCCUAGGGUAUCGAGACGUCAAGUGCUUGGUGGGCCACGACUUUGGCGCAGUAGCGGCUGCGUUCUGCGCUUUGGCUAGACCUGAUUUUUUCAAAAGUGUUGUUUUGAUGAGCCAUCCGUUCAAAAAGGUCCCAAGUCUACCAACUCUCAAUACUAUUACUGCGCAAGCCAUAGGGACACCCGAGAGCGGACUGCCACCCGCCGCUUCAAAUACUAGUAUCCAUACGGAUCUCGCAUCGCUGGGUCAGGCAAUAGCAGCAGACAUGGCGCAGGAGGAUCCUUCUGCCAUUCAGGAUUCCCAAUCCUGGCUGCCAGACAGCGACCUUGAAGUUUACGUAUUGGAAUUCCGUCGGAAAAGUUUCCAGGGAGCGCUUAACUGGUACCGGGUGUGCACCAACUCAGAUCCCACGGCGGCCUGCAAACGCGAUAUUGACAUCUUCGCUGGGAAGCGGAUGGAAUGCCCCAUGGCAUAUAUCUCCGGCAAUGGUGCGGGACACUGGGUCCAACAGGAGAAGCCAGAGCAGGUGACCAGUGGCAUCUUGGAGCUGAUACGCUCCUUGGAGUGA